AUGGAGAAAUUCAUAACUCGAUCUGGGCCCGAGACAAAAAAGAAAAAAGGUAACUUGGUCAUUCGGUGGAUACCAUUAAAACGAAUAUAUCAUAACGCUCCUUUACUGAUGUACCGCGUAUAUUUCGCCUGUAACGGUGAAAGGAAACAUGUUUACACCGUGAAUGACUGGCGGGUUGGAAGAAUGGUGUAUCCCGGACAGUCUAAGUUGCACAAUUGCGAAGUCGUUGUAACAACUCUAAACUCCAUAGGUAACUCAGAUGCUGAUCCCGAAAAAGUUAUGUCGGAGAACGUUCCGUACGGGACUAACUCUCUGCGUCCGUUGAAGCAUAUUCCUCCCCAAAACAUUACAGAGCCUUCACCAAAUGGGAUUUUAGGAGAGAUAUUGCCACUUGCAAAUCUCUCUCCUGACCUUCGCCAAAUCAGGAGAAUUAAGACUAACUCCCGUUUCAUCAGAAAAUAA